GCGGGUACCGGAAGUGAAAGAAAUAAUUCUUUUUCCGGUUAAUGGCCGUGAUUUCUAUUUAGUAAUAUCAAAGGUACAAUUAUAUCUUUAAAAUAUCGUCUUUUAUUGUAAUUCACCGUUGAUUUUAAGUUUAACUUUUUAGUUCAGAAAUAAUUGAAAAGAUGUAAAAUGAAGUUAUUUAUUUAUAUUUUAACCUCUAAAUAUCUGUUUGAAGGGUGCGAAUUCCGGCAAACUUGUCAAGUUUUUUAUGUUUGUCAAUAUUAUUCAAUAUAUUUUUUGAUAAAUCGAAAGCUAGUUUUGUUGGUUCUAAUUAAAUUUCUGCGGCAAAUGUAGAUUCUCUCCAAGCAAUUAACACAAAUUGUUAUGUAUCGUUUUUCAUUUACAACUUACAGCUGCUUGCAUUUGCUUUGCUCAACCUGUUAACCUGGGCAAUAUCACUGGAUAUUACUAUAUUCAGACCUGUUCUUAGCAAUAAUAAUAUUUGGAUAGUUUAGCCAGUUUAACUUUUAAUUUUCAUUAGUUACCUGAUUUAUCCACGAACUAAAUGUUGGUCAGGCAAGGUUCAAUUACAUUUGUUGCAAAUAUUAUGUAGGUCUAUUGUCUACAGUUUAUUUUGGAUUGAGAACUCAAUAGUUGCAGUGUGAACCAGGAUAGUACAGAAAUAAAUGGCUCAGAACUCCCCAAGCAUAAUAAAUAUGUAAGACAAAGGAAAUUAAAUGCUUAUGUAGUGCACUGUAAAAUCCAAGUUAACCAAUUUAUUUUUACAAAAGUUAUGCUGAUCAAUCACUUUUCAGUUGAGUCUGAGUACUCUGAGAGUAGGCCAAGAGUAGACCUGCUAUCAUCAGUAGCUUCUGUUAAGUGAGAAAUAGUAGGAGGAGUUUAAUGGUGGGCUGACUUCAAACAAAUAUUUAUUGUUUAUUUUAGUUAAACUGAAGAAUUAAGUUUUCAAACAUAUAGUCCAUUCAAUUAUCUUUCAUUUGAUACCUCAUUUUGUCAUACAAAUUUACGAAGCAAACAAUAUUUUAAAUCGUUGCUUAAUCCCAACCUCUCACUUCUGGUACCCGGGUGCAAAUAGUAGCAGCCUUAUCAAUAUUGGCAUUGGAGGGAGUAGACAAUGCCCUCAAUUCAUAUGAAUUGCAUCUUGUAUUUUUCAGUUAUAGCUGAACACAAUGCCUGUCGACGCUGUUGAGAAGCCAUUAGAAGAGUCCAAGCCUGCAGAAGAUUCUGCAACUUCUGAUUCAGAUGAUGAUGACACACCACCUGAACUUGAGGAGCAUGAUGCUGCUGCUAUGCAACAGCAAAGCCAGGUUUGAAUUCAGAAAGUUUAGAGCAAUAUUUAGAACAGGGGUCUCAAAUCAUCCGGCGGCUGCAGGAGGUAUAGUCUUGAUUGAGACUGGGUCGCAUCAAGUAUUCCACAAAAAAAGCAAUUACAAAUUCAAUGGCAGAGGUUUCUCUAAGAGCCUUAACACAAGUUUUGUGCAGAAUGCCCUGACCGCAACGCCAACACUGACAAGUUACCCCUGGUACCUUCUUGUUGAGUACAUUCAGCUCCUUUGUUAUGUCAACAAGACAAGCCAAGUCCGUGAGCCAUUUUGGAUCACUUAGUACGUGAAAAACCACCCUAUCCUCCAUGAAGGCUUUAAAUGCUAAAACGUGUUCAAACAGUGGCCACGAGGAGGCCAUAUUUAUGAAUUAUUUAUGCAAAGGAAGAUGCUAAUGUAUGGAGAGUGAAAGGCAAGGCCUUUUUAAACCCAUUUUGAAUGUGACCAAGCUGACAGGGUUGGAAUUUCCUUCACUUGUAAACACUAGCUGCACUUUUAAUAGGGAUUCUUUGAUACUGUAUCCCAUUGCUAAGAUUUACACAAUUAUGGUUGUGCAUUACCCACAAACUUUGUACAAAUUUUCUCAAACUGCACUUUGGUCAUGUUUGUCUCAUAAGAUGCUAUAAAACAAAAACCUUUCCUCCGAUUUUAAAACUGUUCUUGUCAGUAUAAUCAACAUUCAACUAUAUACAAACAUAAUGAGACAGAAUGUCACAUUAUAGAUAUAAGAAUGGAGAAAACGCGCCGGCCACAUUAACACUUAACUUUGCUGUCAUGUAGGGGGCCACAAAAUAUCGCCUUGCAGGCCCCGAGUUUGAGACCCCUAAUUUAGGAGAUUGUUAAUCUUUGAAGCUACAGCUUGAAGAAUUUUUUUAACGUUUGUGUUUUGCCAAGGGUUUGGGGAAUCUUCUGAAGAUGUAAUGAUCAUUAUUAUACUAUAUAUAGUGUAGGCCUACUAUACCCAGUCUAAAUUCAUUAGAAGUUAGGAGUCUGUAAUUUGAAAAUUAGUGUUAAAUGUAGUUAACUUUCCUUUACAUUCUGUUAUUAACUUAAUUACAGGUAGCAGCAGCAGCUGGACUUCCAGAAGAGCUUGUGUCAAAAGCCAAACAAAGUCGUAGUGAGAAAAAAGCAAGGAAGGCUAUGUCAAAGCUUGGUAAGCAGUAAAAAUAUUGUUCCAAGUGUUUUUAAUGGGAUUAAUUCUUUUUCAGUCCCUGGGCCUUGGCUGGUAUUUAGAUUAAGAUUUCAGAUGUGGCUAGUCCUAGACUGUCUAUGCAUCAGAAAUAAAUAAUAUACCCAGUAUAUUAUUAAAUCUUUGUCUCCCGAAUUGGUUUCCUCAUUUUGACGGAAUUAUAUAUUUUGCGUGUUUGUUAUGCACUACUGUUAUCUCUAUACCAUCAUAACAUUUUUGGUUUUUAUUAUAAAUGUUUAGUUUGAUAUGGAAUUAAAAGGAAAUGCAUGCUCUUUACAGACAAUGCAAACUUAUCAAUGUGAUUAUGAUCAAAGGAAAAUAGAAAUUUUAAUUACAUAUCUUACCAAAUGUUUACAAGAUGCUCAUUCCAAGUAACACAGAGAAAAUUUUAUAUCCAAAGUUUGUGUAAUAAAUUUUUUUUUCCUGAACUAUAUCAACGUGUGCAUCACAAAUAAUAAAGAUCUCAUUAAAUAAAAGAAAAAAGUGAAACACCAGGUCACAUUAUCCAUUGCCACAGCCACAGAAAAAAACCAAACUAUUUCCAAUGGAAACUAUCUGUUGCUAUUAAAAAAUCCAAUGUUCCCUCUUAGGUUUGCUGGUUCGUGUGCAAAAUCGUACAGUUGUGUGCAAGGUUUUACAGCAUAAAUUUUUGUGUGUGCAAAAUUGUGCAUCCCAAAAACAUACACUUAAUGGAAAUUUGCUGCGCGGAUACUAAAAACUGCUGUGCUGCAUCUGUGAGUUAGCUGCGCAGCCGCACAGCUUUAAGGGAACAUUGACUGUAUAUCCUUGUAUGUAUUAACAUUUAUUAUGGUAAAUGGAAAAUUUACCAUAAAUUUGUCAAAUCUUUUCACCUGGGUUUAACUAUGGUAAACCUGAAAACUAUCGCAUGGAUGUGCGGAUUUGACUUACAUCCGGCACAAAUUUGUACAGUUCGGCCUGUUCUAUAGUGUUAGCACACUUUCUGUUUUGGAGCUAAUAGGCACAUUUUUUGCUCCUAUAAGUCUCUCAAUGGCACAGGGAUGUCCACGGCCUGGUCAGGAACUUCCAAAUUUUUUCCCCUAUCUGGAAUAAUGGUUGCAGUAUAUUCUUUUUGUCCGCAAGUUGUAGUUUGAUUUUCUGAGGGUUAUUUUUCUAAAUUUUCUCUGAUCUUUUGGGCUUGUGAACUAAUUAAAGGCUACAUUUUACACUUAUUUCCUGUAGCAUGCAAAGAAAAGUGAUCCGAGGCUUCAAAUUCUUCUUCUCUCAAACAUUUUGACAUACCAGGGUGCUUACUUCCCAUUGACCAAAAGUCAUGAACAAAUGGACUAGAGUUCAUCCCGAUCAUUGUUGUUACUGCCAGAAACUAUCUGUUGAUAUGGUGUUCUCAUAUUUUCAAUAAGAAAUAUGUACAAUAAAUGUCCCAUAUGAAGCAAAUAUAUAUAUGUAAUUUCUAGCUUCUUGGACUGAAGCCUAAAGUUCUGUUUUAAUCUGCUAAAAUGUGCAUGCUGGUAUGUUUAUGUUAAGGCUUUGUUUAUAGCAACAGAAAAUGUGACAUUUAAGGAGGAAAUCAUUAAAUUUUUAAUGCCUCCAACAUUGUACAGUUGUCUAUCUGAAGUAAAUUGUAUUUACAUCUAAAUGUUUGUCAAAAUAAACUCUAAAUGUGCAUCCGAAGUUAGACUUUAUUCUUCCACAUUGUGGGAAUUAUUCUAUAUUACAAUAUAGUGGUAGCUAUUAGCCUUUUAGUCGCUUCCUUAAAAUUAGGAACACUGAAUUACAUAGAGUUACAGUGAGGGUAUGGUUUUAAAAUUAACCAUGCAUACCAUACUGCUGUGAAUGUGUUUAGACUAGAUCUAGGUGUACUACAGCUGUAAAUAAUAAUCAGAUGUCAUAUAUGGUUUAUCUUGUUAUCAUCAAAAUAUUUAUAUUAAGUUAUGUUUUUCCAUGAUGGAAUUCUUUGUAAAGAUUUAUUGUUUUCAACAGGUUUGAAGCCAGUUCCUGGUGUAACACGUGUUACCAUCAGAAAAGCAAAAAACAUUUUAUUUGUGAUAAGUCGACCUGAUGUAUUUAAAAGCCCAGCAUCUGAUACAUAUAUAGUCUUCGGUGAAGCAAAGGUAAAAUUGAAUGUGAAUUUAUGUUGCUGUCAAUCCAGUGUCAUUCCAUGUGUAGUGUUGUGUUGUAAUUUUUAAUCUCAAAUGUUUUAGUUUUUUUAUCAUUUUUUUUGUAUUGACUUAAGUAACAUUUUCUUCUUGUUAUCAGAUUGAAGAUCUUAACCAACAAGCACAAGUUGCAGCAGCUAACAAAUUUAAGACAUUUGAUUCCUCGGGGGCAGCUGGUGAACAAGCCAGCACUGUGUCACAGCCCAUACAAGAAGAAUCUGAGGAGGAGGAAGAGGAGGUCAUUAGUUGUUGUUUUUUUUAUAGUUUUUUUUAUUUACUGUUCAUUAGGACUAUCAUUAGACUCUCAGAUAGAGGGCUUUUAACUGAUUAACUACCAGAUUGGAAAACCUGCUGUGGCCGAAUUAAAUCUAGGUCACAUUUUCUUGUAGGUGUAUGUACAAAUUCAGCUGCAGUUUUCUUAAUUAUUAACAUAUUCUAAUGAUUAAUGAACCAUUUUGUAAGUAAUGGAAUUGUCUAUGAGAUAAAAUAUUUGUAAAGUUAAGUUUUGUUUAGAAUUUAUUAAUUGUUAAAUUAGUAUUUACAACAGAAAAACAAUUUAAAAAAUUAUAUAUAAACAUGCAAACUUGCACAUAUGCCUCUAGUAACCCUGUCACUUGUUGCCAUGGUAAAAAAAAAUAGUACAAUAGUACAAUUUUGUAACUAGCUUAGGAAACAUUCUGCGGAUAGCAUAGGGUUCGAAUGUAAACAUCCUGUCUGUAAAUUAAAAUCUUGAAGCAAAACGAGAACGGAAUAAUAUUUGACUCUAUUUACUACGACACAAACAUUGGAGCUACCAGCUGCUGGUGGCCAUAGCGGAAGAAAAGCCGAGCCGCGGUAGUUAACCAGUUAAAAGAAAAUGUAUAAGCAGUUAGCAUUUGUCACUCUUGAAUUCUUAGAAUUAUUUGGUGUUGACCAGUUUUUAAAAACUAUCCAGCAGUGUACAAGUAUAGGCAGUGUAAUGUUUAUUUUAGAUUAAUUUUGUUACUGGCUAACUCUUACAGCGUAGUUCUGCUAGUGGCUCUUGUCAUUGUUUUUAAUUUAUUUUCAAGAGUAUUCAGAAGUUAAAUACUAUUAAAAGUGUAAAGUUUUAAUUUUUUUUAAAUUGAUUUUGGGCGUCUCAUUUAAAUUGUAUUUUAGCAACAGUCUAUUUUAACACAUGUCUAUAUUUCAGAUUGAUGAGACUGGUGUUGAACAAAAAGAUAUUGAGCUGGUCAUGUCACAGGCUAAUGUCUCUAAAGCUAAGGCUGUCAAAGCUCUUAAAAAUAAUGGCAAUGAUAUCGUUAAUGCUAUUAUGGUAAGUGGGAUGGAAUUUUUUUUGUUUUAUCUUAAUUCCUUUAUUUGUAUUUAGUUUUUCCUUCAUUUAGUUCAGUAUAGAUUUAUAGUACAGUGUACCCCAAGAUAUUUUUUAAGUUACUCUAAUCUUUCACAAUAGUGCUGUGGGACUUGCAUAUUGUUUUUAAGUGAUUGAACAAUUUCAUUUUGGUUAUGCUAAUGAUGCAGUAAUGAUUAUUACAGUUCUUAGGACAGUGCUAUUUUGUACUUAAGUUACAUUAGCUCAUUCCCUCCUGCAAUGCUCCUUCCUUAUUUAAAUUAUGUGCCUGAGAAAGGGAAGUAACUCCGUCUUGCAAUUGAUUUACAUUUGUAAAAUAUUUAUUUAAACUGCUAAAUAUUAUUUAAUUUUAACGAAUUAAGAACAAAUGCAACAAAGAAUGAAUACGGUUUAAUGUAAAAACAACAUUAGUGGGGGAAAAAAUAACUAACAAUGGCCAAAAAAUCAAUUUUUGGCACCUGAGACGCGCUGUAGCGCUGUACUAAAGCACAUGUAGUUUUAAAGUGAAACAAGAUAAAAACUUCUGGUUUUUAAAUUAAAAUCUGGCUGAACCACGCCAUCACCGGAAGUCUCGGGGGAUUCGAGAUUUCAUUGCUAUUUUUAAAUAGAUAUGAGAAAGGUGUGCCGCUAUGUGCCGGGACGCAUUUGGACGCAUCCUGCGAAACCUAUAAAGGGCGCAUUUAGUCGCAAACGUCGAGUAACUCAUUCCCUAAGGCAGUGCUACUUCCAUAAUUAAUUUAUAUUCCUCUGAAAAGGGAAGCAACUCAGUUUUUAAAUGGAUUUACAUUUUAAAAUAUUUAUUUAAGCUGCUAAAUAUUAAUAAAUGUUAAUAAUUUAGGAUGAAUGCAUCAGAAAAUGAAUAAGGUUUAAUAAAAAUAAAACAAGCUGCGAAAACAUAAUGAAAAAUGGCAAAAAAUCUAUUUUUGGCAACCCGGAUGAACACAUGCUACAUAUAGAUGCAGCUUACUAAAGCACACAUAGUUUUAAAGUGGCACAAGAUAAAAACUUCCGGUUUUUAUCACACCAUAGCCAGAAGUCUUGAGGGACGCGAGUUUCAUUGCUAUUUUAGAUAAAAAUGAGAGGGGUGUGUUGCUCUGCGGCGGGGCCCAUUUGGAUGCGUCCGCAGGAACCCCCAAAAGCCACAUUUAGUCACAACUGUGGGGAAUGAGUUGAACCUGACAGUAUGUAUUUUAUGGACUGAUUUGAAACCAGUUUAUCAGUACCCAAAUAGUUAGAUCGAAAUCAGGUUAGGAAGUAAUGGAUUAAAAUAGAAAUCUGAAAUUUACUUUUUAACAUGUUUUCACUUUCAUAAUUUAUUUUUUUCUAUUUCAGGAAUUGACAAUGUAGCCUUUUAUGGAUGUGGAGUGUGUGCCAGCUGUAAACUUUUGUAUUUUUACCUGUACUGUUGCUAGAAUGACCUGCGAUUAACUCUUUGAUUUGUUCAAAUAAAUCAAACUCUUUUCUUAUA